UCUCCUUCCUCACCUCCCCGCCCCCUCCCAGUUUCGCGUCUCCUAGUCCGACGCGCCCGCUAUAAUCACGUGAUUGCUCCAUCCGGGUCCUUUGCGUUCUCUCUCCCUCUCCCAACAUGGCGGCCUCAGCAAAAAAGAAGAAUAAGAAGGGGAAGACUAUCUCCCUGACAGACUUUCUGGCUGAGGAUGGGGGGACUGGUGGAGGAAGCACCUAUGUCCCCAAACCAGUCAGCUGGGCUGAUGAAACAGAUGACCUGGAAGGAGAUGUUUCAACCACUUGGCACAGUAAUGAUGAUGAUGUGUAUAGGGCACCUCCAAUUGACCGUUCCAUCCUUCCCACUGCUCCACGGGCUGCUCGGGAACCCAAUAUCGACCGGAGCCGUCUUCCCAAAUCGCCACCCUACACUGCUUUUCUAGGGAACCUGCCCUAUGAUGUGACAGAAGAAUCGAUUAAGGAAUUCUUUAGAGGAUUAAAUAUCAGUGCAGUGCGGUUACCCCGUGAACCCAGCAAUCCAGAGAGGUUGAAAGGUUUUGGUUAUGCUGAGUUUGAGGACCUGGAUUCCCUGCUCAGUGCCCUGAGUCUCAAUGAAGAGUCUCUAGGUAACAGGAGAAUUCGAGUGGAUGUUGCUGAUCAAGCUCAGGAUAAAGACAGGGAUGAUCGUUCUUUUGGCCGGGAUAGAAACCGGGAGUCUGACAAAACAGAUACAGACUGGAGAGCCCGUCCUGCCACAGACACCUUUGAUGACUACCCACCUAGAAGAGGUGAUGAUAGCUUUGGAGACAAGUAUCGAGAUCGUUAUGAUUCAGAUCGGUAUCGUGAUGGGUAUCGGGACGGGUAUCGUGAUGGCCCACGCCGGGACAUGGAUCGAUAUGGGGGCCGGGAUCGCUAUGAUGACCGAGGUAGCAGAGACUAUGAUAGAGGCUAUGAUUCCAGGAUAGGCAGUGGCAGAAGAGCAUUUGGUAGUGGGUACCGCAGAGAUGAUGACUACAGAGGAGGUGGGGACCGCUAUGAAGACCGAUACGACAGACGGGAUGACAGAUCGUGGAGCUCCAGAGAUGAUUACUCUCGGGAUGAUUAUAGGCGUGAUGAUAGAGGUCCCCCCCAAAGACCCAAACUGAAUCUAAAGCCUCGGAGUACUCCUAAGGAAGAUGAUUCCUCUGCUAGCACCUCCCAGUCCAGUCGAGCGGCUUCUAUCUUUGGAGGGGCAAAGCCCGUUGACACAGCUGCUAGAGAAAGGGAAGUAGAAGAACGACUACAAAAGGAACAGGAGAAAUUGCAACGUCAGCUGGAUGAGCCAAAACUAGAACGACGGCCGCGGGAGAGACACCCAAGCUGGCGAAGUGAAGAAACUCAGGAACGGGAACGGUCGAGGACAGGAAGUGAGUCAUCGCAGACUGGGACCUCAGCCACAUCUGGCAGAAGUAAGUCAGGCCUGGGUGUGCGAAGGAGAGAGAGUGAGAAGUCUCUAGAAAAUGAAACACUUAAUAAGGAGGAAGACUGUCACUCUCCAACUUCUAAGCCUCCCAAACCUGAUCAGCCCCUAAAGGUAAUGCCAGCCCCUCCACCAAAGGAGAAUGCUUGGGUGAAGCGAAGUUCUAACCCUCCUGCUCGAUCUCAGAGCUCAGACACAGAGCAGCAAUCCCCUACAAGUGGCGGGGGGAAACCAGCUCCAGCUCAGCUGUCUGAGGAAGGACCAGCAAGGAAAGAUGAAAAUAAAGUAGACGGGAUGAGUGUCCCAAAAGGCCAAACUGGGAACUCCAGCCGUGGUCCAGGAGAUGGAGGGAACAAAGACCACUGGAAGGAGUCAGAUAGGAAAGACAGCAAAAAGGAUCAAGACUCCAGAUCUGCACCUGAGCCAAAGAAACCUGAGGAAAACCCAGCCUCCAAGUUCAGUUCUGCAAGCAAGUAUGCUGCUCUCUCUGUUGAUGGUGAAGAUGAAAACGAGGGAGAAGAUUACACCGAAUAGACCUCGACAUCCUGUGCUUUCACCUAGUCUCUCUCCACCCUGGAACAUUCGAGAGCAAAUCAAACCUCUUUCCAGACAAGACAAAAUAAAACUCACCAUCUCCUGGAAACCUUUCUUAACUUUUUUUUUAAAAAAUGAAAUGAAAUUCUUUUGCAUGCUGCUGCAGCCUUUAAAGUAUUGAAGUAACUGGAGAAUCGCCAAUGUAGCCAGAGAGAGAGACUACAGCUUUUUUAAUGGAAAAGUUGUGCGUUUUUUUAUGACACCAUGCAGUUGCCUGUGUGAUUAGUGCCUGGGGGACUCCAUUUAGCAGAAAUGUAAUGACUGUGAUAUGAUGUCUGGAAUCUGGGCAGUAGGGGAGGUAUAAGGAAGAGUGUGAGAUUUCCACCUUUUAAUUCUUAUCAUAUUGUGGCAUAUAUGAAUUCUCAAACA